GUAGAGGUGGGAUUGCUCGGAUCGAGAAGCUGGGGAACCCACGCGUUCAGCUUCUGAGAAAGCUUAGAGACGGACCGCUCGGACUGUGGGAGCCCUCCCCUCUGCUUGGAUCUGCUUUGUUUCUAGACUGCCAAUGGAACAAUGUGGAUAAGGGCUGAGUUGCUUUAGUGCGGGCACGAGGCUCUGCGGCCUGCCUGUAGUCGGCUGGCUGAUUAGUCCACUGAGGUGAGGCGCCACUCUCACCAGGCCGCAGGGCGGACGGAGAAAAGGCCUUUGCUCCCCCUCUUUGCUUCACCCCUGUCCCCUUUCCACCCUCACCCCCAACCCAGGCACGUACGCUCUGGACCAUGUCUAGCGGACUGUCAGAGGGGAGCCGGACAGAGGACCUGGAGCAGAGUAACUGCAAAGAGGACUCUCCUGUUAUAGAGCGAAGAAACCGCAGUGGGAUCAUCAGUGAGCCCCUCAGUAAGAGCCUUAAGAACUCCCGCACCCUCUCCCAGUACACGGCAGCCUCCUCUGCCACCACCAAUGGACACACACGCAGCAGUGAAACUAAGGGCCACUCGGCUAAGCCUCAGCCGCCCCCGCAGCCCCAGCCCACUGUCUCAGCACUGACUGCAGCCAAGUUGGACCGGACCCUAGAGCAGGUUCUGGAGGGACAGAAUGGCCUGCUGCAUUUUGCCCAGGCGGCAGCACUGUUAAAGCGGGCCGGUAUGGAGCACAUGCUUCUGCCUGGGGGCAUGGGAGUGGGAGUUGGCGGCGGAGACGCAGGCUCGGGGGCUAGCGACUUGGAGGGUACGUCUGUCACGGAUGCCGUAGGUGGUCCUGUCGACUUCCCAUAUGGAGUAGGAGGCGGCUUCCCCUUUAACCCGGGGCUUUUCAUCAUGACACCGGCUGGAGUGUUCCUGGCGGACAGCGCGCUGCACAUGGCCGGCCUGGGCGAGUAUCCGGCGCAGAGCGAGCUGGCCUCAGCUAUCAGCUCCGGUAAAAAGAAGCGGAAACGUUGCGGCAUGUGCCCGCCUUGCAGACGGCGGAUUAAUUGCGAGCAGUGCAGCAGUUGCCGAAAUCGCAAGACGGGCCACCAGAUCUGCAAGUUCCGCAAAUGUGAGGAGCUGAAGAAGAAGCCGUCUGCUGCUCUGGAGAAGGUGAUGCUUCCUACAGGAGCGGCGUUCCGGUGGUUCCAGUAGGACUGACCCCCCUCACUCCCUACCCAAAGCUCUGCCAUCAAGUGCAAUGCCAACUCUCGGAUUGUCUCCUGCACAGACACUGGCUAAUAAGCAAACAAGCAACAAAUAAAAUUAUACAAAGAAAAAAAAAAACAACAACAACACAGAAAUGAAAAUAAAAUUUCAAAAAAAAAAAGUAAUAAUAAUCAAUCGGGUAAUGGAUGCACCUACUUAUUCCUUGAACCAAAAAUGAAGCAUAAAGAAAAGCAUCUAUGGCAACUUUCAUUCCCUUUUAUAUGUUUCCAUUUUGGUACCUUUUGUCCUUUUUCCAGCAGGUUUUUUCUGUCGCUUAAACAUGGAACUUUUCAUUGCCAAACAGAAAUGAUGGACUGAGUGUGGACAAUCAACUAAUUUCUGUGUUUGGUGUUAAUGUUGUUCACGUGUGGAAAGAUACAGUACUUGUGUAGAGAAUGUAAAUUUACAGCUAUAUUUUAAAACUAGUGGCUAAUGGCAAAACACUAUUGUAAUUCUUCACCGUUUCGUUACUUAAACCCUCAUCUACUUUCUGAUUCACUCUGUUCCGAGAUUAUUUAGUCCGGGGGGAAACAAAUCGGUGGUCGUCUACGAGAAACACGAGGAAUAGCUCCGAAACCGGAAAACCGUAGCUUCUGGAUUGAACUGAAUGUGGGAAAACGUCGUGUCAUUGGGCAGAAUUUCAGAGACUCGUCACUGGGAUAAAGAUGCUAUCCGCCAGAGUUCUCGCUGUAAUCCCCGAUCACUUUAUCAGAGCCACCUUUCCUCCAUCCUAUCUCCAAACUUUUCUUCUUUUUUUUUUUCAGUGAAACUGGCAGCCUUAUGUUACUGUGGCCCUACUGAGCAUGUGCCAACGCUGCUCAGGGCAAUAGCACUAAGAGACCGCACUUGCUCUGAGUCUACCCUACUGAACGCACUGAGACAAGAUUUCAUUUUUUUUAUGUUGGUUUUGUUUUAUGAUAUAUAUAUAUUUUUUUUUUGUUUUUUUUGUUUUGUUAUGUUGCUGGGUAGCUACAGCUUUUCAAAAUAACCAAUCUUUGUAUUCAUUUAGAAAAUUGGACUGGUUUUGUGAAUAAAAAGGAAUGCAUGUAUUCGUGUCAAAAUUUACAAUCCUGAUGUUGGUCUUCGUGUCCACUUUGCAUGCUUUUCUAAAACACCUGGUCUGACAGAAAUAACCGUGGUUGACAAA